AUGGAGGAUUGUGACGAUAUCAGCGCAGUCACAGAGGCCGUAGAUGCUCUCGAAAUCUUCCGCAUUCACCACGAAGCCAACACGGCCCGCGCUGAGUUCAAGUAUAAGAUCACCACAUUAAGCACUCGCCUUAACAAAUGCGAUGGCACCAUCGUCAAGUCUAUGCUCUGUCGGCAGCCGCCCUGUACUUCAUCGACAAAAUGCGUUGUCGCCCUGUUCUUAUCGUCGGUACUCUUGAGGCAGCAGACAGAUUACACCAGUUGGCAGCGUUAG